AUGAACGAUGAGUUCUUUUGCUGGAGCGAUUCAUCGGUGGUACUCUCCGGGAUCAAGGACGAUCCAUAUAAGUUCAACGAUUUUGAGUUAAAUCUCGUAGCGUCCAUUCAGGACAUGUUCCCACGGCUCUUAAACCUGCCGACGUACUCUCCAGAAUUGGAUUCAACUAUAAAAUCUUACAUAUCUACCAUCAAUAAGAAUAAUGCUGAAAUAUCAAAAUUAAAGUCGGAGAAGAUUAAUCCGAGAGCCACAACACCACAACCACGAAUAACUUGCCCGUCUUACUAUAACAAAUCACAGCAGGACAUCAAGCAGCUGAAAUCUGAAGCGAAUAAACAAACUAACGAAAUAAACGAGCUUAACAUUAAACUAAAUAAAUCCCUAUUGAAUAACAAGAAUUUAGCCAAUUCAACGGAUGAAAACUAUAAAAAAUAUCAAAACGCUCAAAUAAGAUUAGAAUCGUGUCAAGGGAAUUUGGAAUCAAUAAAAAAUGAGUCUAUUAAAAACAUUAUGACUAUUCAAGAGUUGAUAUUGAAAGCUGAAAAUAAUCAGAAAUUGUUGGAUCAAUGCCAAAAGAACAACACGGACAUUAAGGAACAAGAAGAGCAAUCAAUCCAACAGCAGCUAAAUAUAUGUCAAAAUGACUUGAAAAUACAAAAAGCGGAUUGCUCUAACAAGGAUGCAACUAUUAGAGAAUGGCGGAAAAAGGCUGAUGUUAAUCAAAAGGUGGAACUGGAGAGAAAUUCGGUAAAAUCAGAGCUAGAGAAAUGCCAAUUGAGUUAUAGAAAUUUUACUGAAAACUUCAAGAAAUAUGAAAAAGAACAGCAAAGUUUAUUAGAAAAAUGUGACAACGACUUGAAAAAAUAUAUAGAAACUUGCUCUAUGAAGGAUUCAACUAUUCGAGAUUGGCGGAAAAAAGCUGAAGAUAAUAAAAAGGCGGAACUGGAGAGGAAUUCACUCCAAGUGGAGCUAAGUAUGCAACAUUAA